GAGGGCGAAGAAGAAGAAGAACAACCGAAGAACCAGGACGCUGCGUCUGAUCGAGAGCUGAGAUCGCAGGACCGCCGUGUGCUGACAAUGAAUAAACCCGUGUAGCUCAUGUCCCAGCCGAAGUAACGGCCCGUCUCUCCCGUCCCGCAUUUCUGCCGAGGUCGCGGACAGCCCGGACUUGACUUGAGUUGGUCUAAUCAAGCCCCUUGAAGUUUCUCCCCUCAUCCACUCAUCAUGGUGGAGUACUACCAGGUGCUGGGAGUACGGCGGGAUGCCUCCGCGGAGGACAUAAAGAAAGCGUACAGAAAGCUGGCCCUGAGGUGGCACCCUGAUAAAAACCCAGAGAACAAGGAGGAGGCUGAGAAGAAGUUCAAGGAGCUGUCGGAGGCUUACGAAGUCCUGUCAGACGCCAACAAGAGGAGCAUAUAUGAUCGAUAUGGCAAAGAGGGACUGACAGGGAGUACUGGAGGAAGAGGGGGACACUUCCACAAUGGAGACCAUUUCCACGACCAUUUCACAUUCCGCAACCCAGAAGAUGUCUUCAGGGAAUUCUUUGGGGGCAGGGACCCAUUUGCCGAUUUUUUCGGUGCAGAUCCCUUCAACGAUGAUCCUUUUUUCGGCGGCAGCCGGCAGCACCAAAGUCGGGCAGGUCGCAGCAGGACAGGUGGCCCAUUUUUUGGGGGCUUUGUUGGUUUUCCUCCCUUUGGUGCUGGUUUCUCACCUUUUGACCCCGGCUUUGGUUCUUUUGGCUCAAUGAACGCCAUGAGUCAUAUGGGUCACAUGGGUCAAAUGACGACAAUGGGCAGCCUGGGAGGUGGUGGCUUCACGUCUUUUUCCUCCACUUCCUUUGGCGGAGGAGGAGGUGGAGGAGGAGGAGGAGGCAUGGGCAACUUCCGCUCUGUGUCCACCUCCACCAAAAUCAUCAACGGCAGGAAGAUCACUACGAAAAGAAUCUUGGAGAACGGUCAGGAGCGGGUGGAGGUGGAGGAGGACGGGCACCUGCGGUCAUUAACCAUUAACGGUAAGGAGCAGCCGCUGCGACUGGAGCACAAGUGAGGGGCCAGACGUCCUCUGCUGGAGAAGCGUUACCUCAGCACAGACAUACCAACAAACUUGAGCUUGAACCAGAGGGAAAAAAAGCAACAAAACAAUGUAAUGAUAGUGCUCUAAUAUUGUAUGGAUGUACAUAUUUAGGUUGUUUAUUUCCCCCUCAUGUCCUCUCCCUGCUGACUCUCCUUUGUUAGCCAACGAUUCAGAUCGGAGGAUUUGGAUGCAGACUUUUCUAUGCAUUUUGUUAAUGCAUUUCUGAUUUGGAGCUGUCGUUAUAUUUUGGCUCAGGGUGGUGUUAUUGUUUUAGUGUUUGGGACCACAGUAUUGUUCUGUUGUACUGUAUAUGACCAGCCUCAACCCCCCCCACCCCCACUACUUUCUGUAUGCACUCCACUGCGUGUCAGUCUGUUCGCCAGCAGCACAAAUGCUGUCUUCAGAAAACAAAAGCCAACUUUUUUUCAUCUGAAUAUUAAAAUAGAAAAAGUUGAAUUUGGUUUUCCUGAGUGAAUAACUGAAGCAUCUUCCCCGUCUGUGUUUACUGCUUGUCUAACCUCUUCUUAAUAAUAAUUCUUUCUUUUUUUUUAUUAAAAAAUUACAAUGCUGGUAGAAUGAGUUAUGCAAUUUUAUAUGUUCUAAUAUCAUUGUGUUUUCUGUUUAUUUAAGUAUGCAUGUACACCUGUUGAUGUUAAGUCUUAAUGUUAAAGCUGCAUUAUGAUGCACAAGUAAUGGAAGGCAUUCUAUAAAUGAUAUAUGAAUAUAGAAGAAAAUUUGUGUACUUUGUAAACCAAUAAAUCUUGAGUUUAGUCCUGUUUUCAGGACGCUGGAA